CACAUGCUCUACACAGUUGUUGAUUGGCACUCACGUCUCUAGAGGAGGAGUUUGCUCCAUGUUUUUCUGUGGGGGUCAAAGCUGGUCUUUCUCUCUCCUGCUCCAGUAACUGGAGGCACAGGUUACCUUCUUCAUCAGCCUAAACUCCAUUCUCAGAAGGCUACGGGCUGUUUCACUGCUACAGCCAUGGCACCCAAAAAGAACAAGACGACCAAAAAGAGCAAAGGAGACAUAAAUGAUAUCAUGGUGGAAAACAGCCCCAUUAACAAAAUUAAUGGACUAAACACUCUGAUCGAGGGAGGAAAUGGCUUCAGCUGCAUUUCCACUGAGGUCAAUGAUUCUGUGUACGCACCAAACCUCCUGCAGGGUUUGAGCAACAUGCGACAGGAAAGUUUCCUCUGUGAUCUAACAGUCACCACCAAAUCAACAACAUUUGAUGUCCACAAGGUUGUCAUGGCCUCUUGCAGUGAGUACAUUAGGAAUAUCUUAAAGAAGGAUUCAAACCUGCAGAAGAUUGACCUGAAUGACCUCUCACCAGUUGGUCUAGCAACUACAAUUACAUAUGCAUACUCCGGGAAGCUUACCUUAUCUCUUUACAGUAUUGGCAGCACAAUUGCUGCAGCAAGGCAGCUUCAGAUCAGCACCCUGGUAAAAAUGUGCAGUGAUUUCCUCAUGCAGGAACUCAGUGUAGAGAACUGCAUGUAUGUGGCCAAUAUUGCUGAUGCUUAUGACCUUAAAGAAACCAAGGAUGCAGCUCAAAAAUUCAUGCGAGAGAACUUCAUUGAGUUUUCUGAAAUGGAGCAGUUCCUGAAGCUGACGUAUGAGCAGAUUAGCGAAUUCCUUUCUGAUGAUUCUCUACAGCUCCCAUCUGAAGUCACAGCCUUCCAUAUUGCCAUGAAAUGGUUAGACUUUGACGAGAAACGGCUAAAGUAUGCGGCAGAUCUUCUGACUCUCAUCCGCUUUGGAACAAUCUCUGCUCAAGACCUUGUGAAUCAUGUCCAAAGUGUUCCUAGAAUGAUGCAAGAUACAGAGUGUCAUCGUUUACUCGUUGAUGCCAUGAACUACCAUCUUCUCCCAUAUCAGCAGAACAUCCUGCAAUCACGUAGAACGAAGGUGCGCGGUGGCCUUAAGGUGAUUCUCACAGUUGGUGGACGUCCUGCCUUGACGGAGAAAUCUCUCAGCAAAGAUGUUCUUUACAGAGAUGAAGACAAAGUCUGGAAUAAAUUGACAGAAAUGCCAGCAAAGAGUUUUAACCAGUGUGUGGCAGUCCUGGAUGGUUUCCUCUAUGUAGCAGGUGGUGAGGACCAGAACGAUGCGAGGAACCAAGCAAAGCAUGCUGUUAGCAACUUCUGCAGGUAUGACUCCCGCUUUAACACUUGGAUUCACUUGAGCAACAUGAUCCAGAGACGUACCCACUUCAGCCUCAACACCUUCAAUGGUCUUUUGUUUGCCAUUGGCGGCCGAAAUGCUGAUGGUGUCCAGGCCUCCAUGGAGUGCUAUGUACCUUCUUCUAAUCAAUGGCAGAUGAAAGCUGCCAUGGAGGUACCUCGCUGCUGUCACGCUAGCUCUGUUAUUGAUGGUAAGAUCCUUGUUUCUGGAGGCUACAUCAACAAUGCCUACUCCAGGGCUGUGUGCGCGUAUGACCCCUCCACCGACACAUGGCAGGACAAGAGCAGUCUGAGCACUCCCAGAGGAUGGCACUGUGCCGCUACCAUUGGAGAUCGAGCUUACGUCAUUGGUGGCAGCCAGCUUGGAGGGCGAGGAGAGAGAGUUGAUGUUCUGGUUGUUGAGGCUUACAACCCGCACAGCGGCCAAUGGAGCUACUGCGCGCCACUUCACAUAGGGGUCAGCACAGCCGGGAUUUCCAUUUUGAACAACAAGAUCUAUCUCCUUGGGGGCUGGAACGAGGGUGAAAAGAAGUACAAGAAGUGCAUUCAGGUUUACAACCCUGAUCUCAAUGAAUGGACUGAGGAUGAUGAGUUGCCAGAAGCUACAGUUGGCAUUUCGUGCUGCGUCGUCACCAUACCUACAAGAAAAACUAGAGAAUCCAGAGCCAGUUCAGCUUCAUCUGCUCCAGUCAGUAUAUAGGGGUGUAGAUCCCAACAGUGAUUAAGUUCAGUCGUCAUAUCUCCACUUUGCCUAUUGCAUUGUUGCUACUAUUGGAUAUUGAGUUUCUUAAUUUAAGCAAAGAAGAAGAGAGGUUUACCACAUUUAUAAACAGUAUUUCAUAUUUUCAUUGCUUAACGUUGUUGAUGCAAAAUACUGUUAUGUAAUUAUACAAAAAAUAAUCAAAUUAUAUUUUUAAGGGGCCAAUUCAACUGAAAUAUUUUUAAAAGCUUAAUGCUUCAGUAAAUAUAAUAAAACACCUAAAAUGCUGAAUGUUGAAGAAAGCAUAACAACAGUAAUGUGGUGAUGAUGUGUUUUGCUACUGUGACUUUCACAUAUAGAAUAGGAAGCUGGAGAAAGAAUGAGUAUGACGAAUCCUACCAGGAGUAGGUGCUUAUGAUCAGUGCGUUAGUGUAUAGUUACCCAACAGGUUCUAUGACCUGAUUCGCUGCAUAGAGUAAUCCUAUGCCUUAUUCAUUGUAACUUUUUAAUCACGACGGGCAUAAUUCAAACAGAUUCUGUGCUUAAGAUAGAUAAUGGCUAAAAUGAUUUUGUAAAGAAAAUACAGACAAAAAUCCAAGGCGGUAACAAUGUUUUGAGCCUGAGCUUGUCCCGAAGAUCAUGAAUUUCCUGAUAGCUCAUGUCUUUCUAUUUUAUGUUUGUUUUUAAAUUAAAGUGAUGAGUUUUAAUCUC